AUGGCCGCACCAAGCGGCUCAGCUGCGUACCUUCCCCUCGAGUGGAAUGCAGACCUCGAGGAUGGCGCUAACUCAGAUAUCGGAGAAACCGGGGUAGACAAGCCUGCUCCCCCCUUCCACGCUCGCCAUGAAGCGGCAGGCGCGGGCUGCAAUCGCCGCUGCCGUAACCGUGUCAAAGACAUCAUCACAGAGCACGAGAGGCAAGUAAAAGCCUUCAAGGAAGAGGCUGACAGGCUACGGGAGGAAAUCAAGAGGCUCGAGAAUUUGCUCCACCCUCCCAAGAAGACGGAAAGGACUUGGCCCGAUCUUGCUCGGGCGGGAGCACUCUCGCAUGAGGAGCUAUACAAGCUCAGUUGUAAGGAGGAAAACGCUCACCAUACAAUUGUCCACCCCACACUCUGCUUCGUAGAGGCGAGCUUGGGCAGAAUCACUCGAUUGUGCAGAGAGAGUCAGGAACAGGAUGAACGAAAGCAACUUGUUUGGCUUCGUCUCAUGGAUCUCGUGCUCAACCCGUGGAAGAAGAGGGCGUUCCUUGAGGAUAAGUGUAGUCCCCGCCCGCCCUCGCGCUUCAAACUUGACGACUUGCCCAUGCACAUCAGGGUUUCCAUCUUCAGAUACGUCUUCACGUACCCGAAUUCUUUGAUCCAUGCUAUUUCUCGUCUGGACCCCCAUACCGCGCCGCAGGAGAUCCCCCCUACCAAAGGAAAGAGGUCGGGGCUUCUGAACCGUUUCCACUUUACAAGUCGCACUCCUAGGGGCGGCCAAUCAUGUAGUCUUGUCUUUGCCGCGAAAGGAAACGACCUUCUGGCCCCGUUGCUAGUCUCUAGGCAGUUCCUGUUUCUCGGUGCCCAUAUCUUUUAUGGCAGCAACACAUUCGCCUUUAGCUCCCUCGGCGAGUUCGGCAGGUUCACCCUUGGCAUCGGCCGCGCCCGAAGACAGCGGAUCCAACACGUCGAGCUAAUGUGGAUCGGCAGUCAAGAACUCACCAUGGAAGGCCACUCCCGCCGAACCUGGGCCCUGGCUUCCUUCUGCGACAUGGUGAGGCUGCGCAGCUUGACCGUCUACGUCGACGAGUCUUCCUCGGGCGUCGUCCGACGUCAACACGAGACCAUACCCUACAUUGCUUUUCUGGCUAAGAAGACGGCGGGGCAACCGAACCAUCGGCUGACUCGAAACCUCCGGGGUCUUCAAGGCCUUGACUAUGUCAGGCAACUCCGCGGGCUCCGGGUUCUUAGCUUCAUUGACCUCACUACGAUGGAGGUAGUUCGUGAUUGGAGCUUCGCCCUAGAUCUGCAAACCACUUGCAAGCGCGAAAAGUCACGCCUCCAACAUGAAAACUCGCGUCUCGAAAACCUCACCCCUGUGGUCCGCCGCUUCCGCCCUUCCCAGUCCGACCGGGACAUCGUAAAUUCCUUCUACGACACCGAGUGGACUCCGUGCGUCCAGCGUUUUGAAAAUGAAGAAUAUGACUUCUUGCAGAACGCCGUGGACCGUGACGAGAGUGCCACGGCUCCUUCUUGGGUUUCCUCUGAUCACCCUUGGGGUCACGGGACAUCCGCGGUUCAAGGUUUCGAGCAGGGGCCGGAUCGCCAACAAGAUCAGGCCCAGGUCUUGAUGAGCCCGCCUGAAUCCGCUAAUCCACAUGUAGAGCCCCACCAACCCCGAACAGACCAAGUAAAGGGAAAGGAGCCGGUGGAUCUGGAGACGCGUCAGAAUGUCGAUGCCCCGAGUCGUGAGCAGACACCACUGGCAGGUCCUAGUAGGUUGCCCCCCGAACCCGCAAAGUCUAUCCAUCGUAGCUCGAGUCCCCUCCGUAGUUUCCUUCGUAGACAAGUAGGCACGGGCGCUGGCCGUCAUCCUUCCCCGCUGGUCCCACGCAAGAGUAGCAGCCAUGGUUCAAGAGCCAGUAGCGAAUCCGGCCUUUUCGUAGGCGGGCCCAUGGCAUCCAGCAUCCGAGGCGCCGCCAGUCCCGCGCCCACGACUCCGGAUACCUCAGACUGCUCAAGUCUACCAGGCCCCUUCAUUCUCAGCCAGUCAUUGAGAGAACCCCACCCAGAAGUAACCGCCGAGACGCAGGCCGAGGAUGUUGGCGGAGAAGGUAUCGAAGAGGCGGUCCGGGAGGCAGUGGAGGAGAAGAAAUCUGCCGAGAGCGGCGACGCUAUGGCCGUCGACGAGAGGCGGGAGUCUCCCGCCGCGGACCAAGAGCAGGACAUUUCCAUGCAAGGUCCCGAGGGCACGUCGCAGGUCAACAUUAUCGACGAUGCCAUUGACCAGUCUCCCGUUAACCAGCAGGUCGAAGUUCUCACUGUAACGACUGAGCAAGCAACCCAUACUUCAUCGAUGACGUAUGCCGGGACGGCUAGAAAAGCCCCCAUGAAAUCGAACAUCCCCGUUGUUGAGGAGGAAGGAGAAGAUGAAUCCUCGGAGUCCUCGAGUGAGGAGGCAGUAGAGGCAGUAGAGUCAGACAGUGAGAGUUCCGACAAACAGGUGGCAAACACGCAUCGCGAGGACACCGAAAGGAACGAGAACGAAGGCGACGAUGCGGAUUCAGACCCUGAAGACGGAGAGAAUGGCGCCUCAAAGCCCGGCGAAGUUGGAACCAGGAGCUCCCCCUCGGCAUCCCAAAGCGUAGGUCAAGACGCCCCAAGAAUCCACGUUCAAACGGGCGGAAAAGGUCCAAGGAAAACCCCCGUUGUAAUAACGAUCCCGGAUGAGGAAGACGAAGAAGAACUCGACAGAGAAGAUGAUGGCAGCGAUGAUUCUGACCAUCUGGAUGACCUCGGCGGUGUAAAGAGGGAAAGGGAGGAGAGUGCCGAAGAUGCCGCUGAGAGUCCCGCGAGUAAGAGGCUUCGAAUCGAAGGAUGA